UCUUUGCCUGUCUCCACAGCUCUUCCUGCAGACUCUUUUUUCCUGAGAAUCCUGUUAAGAUUAUCCGAGGCCAAGGGCAGUACUUGUAUGAUGAGCAAGGGCGAGAGUACCUGGACUGCAUCAACAAUGUGGCUCAUGGUCGGUAUGAUGCCUCCUCACCCUUGGUGAGACAGGAGAGGAGGCUGAGGCCAUAGAUCUGACUGACAGCCUGGGUUCAACAGAACUGACUUCGAUGCUUAUGAGGGGACCCCAGUCUUUGUGAAGUAGCCUGAAAAGACUCCACACCAUAGCUGUGCCAAACUAAGCAGGAAUCAGAGGUUCACGUGCUAGGGUCCAAGCUGCAUGUGGACCUCAUAGCAAAUUGGGCAUGUAGCCUACCCAUCCAUGACCACAAGUGUAGCUCGGCCCUGUGCAGGGUGAUGACAACAGGCCUUCACUCUUACUGACUACAGUAAGAGCAACAGGAAACUGAAGUAUGAAUUCAGCCAAGUGGGGCCACAGUUGAUGGAAGAAAGGGAGACUGUGCGCUAGAAGGCACAUUGCAGGCAGAUGAAGGUUAAAACCCAGGACUCUCCCAGCACUCAGGGGACAGAGGCAGGUGGAUCUUAAGUUAAUGGCCAGCCUGGUCUGCAUAGCAAGUUUCAGGGACAACUAGGGCUUCACAGAGAGACCCUGUCUCAGAGAGGAAGAAAUUACUUAAUCCUGAGCCUUGUUGGUAGUGACUCACUGCCUGGUGGGCGUUGUGUGUAACUGUUAAUUAUUGCUAACUUGCUUUGACCGUGCUUGGCACAGGGUGAGCUCUUACUAUGCUGUUCCCAUGGCUGACCCUCUGACUGGCCCCCUCCAGCCAAGAGUCUUAAAAUACCUCUCUAAAAACAUGGGUUUUCUAGAUAGCAUUUCUAUGGGACCCUCUUUUCCUUCUGCUGGACUCACUUCUCAAGACCUUCCAUUCCAGAAUCAUCAUCUCUGUGCUCCCCCACCCCCACCAUUAACUCCCAUCUUUCCAGCUCCCCGGGUGGGUUUGCAGAUGGAGUGAGGGGGAAUCUGGUGGGUCCGGCUGAGUGAAGUCGGCCACAUGAUGGUGAUGCCCCUCUUGCAGUCGGGCACUGCCACCCUACCGUGGUCCAAGCUGCACAUGAACAGAACCUGGUGCUCAACACCAACAGCCGAUAUCUACAUGACAACAUCGUGGACUAUGCCCAGAGGCUGUCAGAGACCCUGCCAGAGAAGCUUUCUGUGUUUUAUUUCCUGAAUUCUGGGUAAGUAAACAGACAUCAUGCCAUUGAGAAGAAGUUCAAAGAAGAAAGUCAUCCAUGUGGGUGCAGCGUAGAGAAGCUGCCUGGCAGAGUGGACCCAACCUCAGUCAAGGCUCCUGAGCUUCUGGGUUGUAGAUCCCAGAGUCUUUUCUGUUGGCUCUCAUAUCUUCCUUGGUAGAAGACACCAUCACCUCCCUUCUAGGUGUUGGGUAAGAGUUAGCAGACUCUGGGAAAGGAUCCAGGAUGGUAGCCAAGUGGGAGGAACUGUUUUUAUCUCUAUACCACUAGAGGCCAGGCAGUAGUGGUACACUCUUUCAAUCCCAGCAGAGGCAGGUGGGUCUCUGUGAGUUCAAAGCCAGCCUGGUCUACAGAGUGAGUUUCAGGACAGCCAAGGCUACACAGAGAAGCCCUGCCUCGGAAAACAAGAAACAGCAAUGAGACACUAGAAAGUACUAGGGUUGAGGGUUGGUUUUGUUUCUGCCUAGUGCUGAUGAGUGUUUGAUGUGUAUCCUUAGUAUCUGUGAGUGUUUGCCUGUGCACACACAAACACGCAUGUGCGUACACAUAUAUCUCUCCAUCAUGUGCAUGCCUGAUGCCCGGGGAGGCCAGAAGGUGGUUUCGAAUCUCCUGGACAGUUGUGGGCUGAAAACAGGUCCUAGAGAAGACAGCUGGUGCUCUUAACAACUGAGCCAUCUCUCCAGCCCUCAACCCCCAUGAAAGGUUUUAAUCAGGGAGAUGAUGCUACAGGAUGGGAAAGCAAGACUGUGGAGUGUUGGGCACAUGCACAGGAGUGACAGUGAUGACAGAAUCAGGAAGAUGGUCAUCACAUCUGAAAGAGCAUUCCAAUAAGUAGCAUCUGGGUUACAGUAACAAUCUCAGGUGCCACUGCCACUUAAGUCUUGUCUCCUGAAGAACUUCCAAGUAGAAUUUACCUUCUUCGUUUCACGAUAAGGAAGGAGCCCUUACCUAGUGUGCAAAGGCUUUUCCAUCCCUAGUCACACAGUACUAAACAGUUGGAGGGGAGGAAGAGCAGAGCAGGUUAGGGGACAGAAAAGCCUCUUGUAAGAACAGGAAACUGGGCACAGGAAAGGCGGCUGCUGCUGCCUCCCUCUACCAAGUUCCUUCUGUAUGGAUUCCAGCGACUUUACGUUGCUAAGUCUUGUGACCUCUCUGCCCGCUUCCCGGUUUCUUAUCAGUUUGACAGAGCUGUCGUUCUCCCAACAGAUGCUUUUUGCUCUUGCUUCCAGGCUCUGGUGUCUACAAGCUACCAGGGAUGCUUCUCCCCUGCUCUGUGGGGCAGGUCCCCAGGCCCCUCCCCCCUGCUCUGUGGGGCAGGUCCCCAGGCCCCUCCCCCCUGCUCUGUGGGGCAGGUCCCCAGGCCCCUCCCCCCUGCUCUGUGGGGCAGGUCUCCAGGCCCCUCCCCCCUGCUCUGUGGGGCAGGUCCCACUCCUGUUUUCCCCUCUGUGAUCUCAUCUGUCUGCUUAGAAUUAAAUGUCAUCCAUGUGCUGGUGACUCAAAAAUCUGUAUCACAAACCCAGAUGUUGGAGCUGGAGAGAUGGCUCUGCAGUUAAGAACAGUGGCUGCGGGGCUGGGGAUUUAGCUCAGUGGUAGGUAGAGCGCUUACCUAGGAAGCGCAAGGCCCUGGGUUCGGUCCCCAGCUCCGAAAAAAAGAACCAAAAAAAAAAAAAAAAAGAACAGUGGCUGCUUUUCCAGAGGACCCAGGUUUGAUUCCCAGCAGCUAUGUGGCCACUCACAACUCUCUACAAUUACAGUUCCAAAGAAUCCAACAUGCACCUUCAUGGACACCAGGCACACACACAAACAAAACACCCAUACUCAUAAAAUACUUUUUUUUUUUUUUUGGUUCUUUUUUUUUUUUCGGAGCUGGGGACCGAACCCAGGGCCUUGCGCUUCCUAGGCAAGCACUCUACCACUGAGCUAAAUCCCCAACCCCCAUAAAAUACUUUUUAAAAAUUGAAAUAAAGAAGUGGGGAGGCUGCAGAGAUGUCUCAGUGGCUAAAAACAGCACUUGUUCUUGCAGGAGACCCAAGUUCAGUUUUUUGCAUCUGUUAUCAGAUGGCUCACAGCCGCCUGUAACUACCUCAGCGCCCUCUUCUGGCCUCCUUUGGCACUGCACAAAACACCCACACAGACACAUUCACAUGAAAAUAAAAGAUGUGGUGGUGUGUCUCCCAUGUGUUCCACUUAAGAUUCUAAGUAGAAAUCUGACCUCUGACAGUCAUCUCCAACUUCACAUAUUCUUUUUUUUUUCUUUUCUUUUUUUCGGAGCUGGGGACCGAACCCAGGGCCUUGUGCUUGCCAGGCAAGUGCUCUCUACCACUGAGCUAAAUCCCCAACCCCUUCACAUAUUAAAAAACAACAAAGAAUUGCCUUCUCCUGGACAUGUUGGCACACACCUUUAAUCCCAGCACUUGGGAGGCAAAGGCAGACACAUCUCUUGAGAGUUCAAGGCCAUCCUACUCUACACAGUGAGUUCUAGGACAGGCAGGGCAACGGUGAAACCAUAGAUGAUAGAUAGACAGAUAGAUAGAUAGACAGACAGACAGACAGAUAUAGAUAGAUAAAUUUUAAAAUAAAGAGCUGCUUUCUACCAAUGCCUAUGUGAGCUCUCAGUACCGGUUCUCCCUGAUGCCUCUCUCUCUCUCUCUCUCUCUCUCUCUCUCUCUCUCUCUCUCUCUCUCUCUCUCUAUCUCUAUCUCUCUCUUACACACACCAUCUACUUACUAUCUUACCUGUGUGUGUUUGGAAGAAAACACACAUGCAUGCAUGUAUACACACAUGCACACGAACACACCUCCAAGCUAAUCUGCCUCCCCAGGGCUCUGACCCAGGUAGCCCCCGCACUUCCUCACUCCUACCUCAUUUCCUUUAGAAACAGCCUCCUAAAAUGAGGGCAAAGUUACAUACUUUCUCUGCUCCAUACUUUUUUUGGCUUUGCAUGCUGCUGACGAGGAGACAAUCCAGGCUCUUUCUCAGGCUCUGGAGUAUGGCCCUGCAUACUUUCCUGCCUCCAUCUUCCUUGCCCUGGGUUCCUUCCCAUAGUCCAGGAUACCAAACAGAACAGAUCCUGUGUGUGUGGUCUGUUCCAAAGUCCUAGAAUCUUCCUUGGGAUUUAGGGCAAGUAUUACCUCUUGCAAAUCUACCACUGGCCCCAUUGUUAUGACGGCUAGGGCAGUCAUAACAAAAGGCUGCAGACUUUGGGGUUUAAGGAAUAGAAAUGUAUUUUCUCAGGCCAGGCAUGGUGGUGUGUCUUUAAUCCCAGCACUUGAGAGGCAGAGGCAGGGGAUCUUUGUAAGUUUGAGGCCAGCCUGGUCACACAGUGAGUUCCAGGACAGCUCGGGGCUAUGUAGAAAGAUUCUAUCUCAAAAAGAAAAGAAAAAUAGGGGGUUGGGGAUUUGGCUCAGUGGUAGAGCGCUUGCCUAGGAAGCGCAAGGCCCUGGGUUCGGUCCCCAGCUCCGAAAAAAAAAAAAAAAAAAAAAGAAAAAAAAGAAAAAUAGAUGUAUCUUCACGAAGUUCUGAAAAUGAAAGGUCCGAGACCACAGUGCCCAGAGGGUCUGUGACCUGAGACCUUGCCCCUUACCUAGUGCAUGACUGCUUUCCACCCAGGUCACAGGGUCUGUGCAAAUGCCCCCAUGUCUCUGGGAAUCUAGGUCAUUUCUCAUGUAUACAUCAUUCAUAUUGGGUUGACACUGCCCCAGUUGCCUCCUUUUUUUUUUUUUUUUAUUUAUUUUUUUUUAAGAUUUUAUUUUAUUGUAUAUGAGUAUACUGUAGCUGCCUUCAGACACACCAGAAGAGGGCAUCAGAUCUCAUUACAGAUGGUUGUGAGCCACCAUGUGGUUGCUGGGAUUUGAACUCAGGACCUCAGGAAGAGCAGUCGGUGCUCUUAACCACUGAGCCAUCUCUCCAGCCCCCCAGUUGCCUCCUUUAAACUAACCUGUUUAGUUUAAAGGCCUGCUCUCCAAGCAAAGCUACAUACAGUCAUUUGGAGGUACUGUGAGUUAGAACUUCAGCAUGGUAGUUUUAGAACACAGCUUACCCCAUCAUACCCCGUUACCUACAUGAAGCUUCAUUUGGGUCUCCUUCACACCCUAUGCCCAGUAUGGCACUUACAGAAAUGAGCACUCUGUCUUCACUGUUUGGCUUUCAGAAUCAAGCUCCGGUGGUGGCUCACAACUUUAAUCCCAGCAUUUGGGAGGCAGAGGCAGGUGGAUCUCUGAGUUCAAGGCCAGCCUGGUCGACAGAAUGAAUUCCAGGACAGCCAGGGCUACACAGAGAAAUCCUACCUUGAAAACAAAACAGAUAGAUGCAUCCAAAUGCAAGUUUCUAGAGGGCACCUUCUGUUUUCACCCUGCUCCGAUGCAGCACAGAGCCAGUGGAUGUUUGCCAAGGGAAUGCAUGGCAUCCUAAGGAUGCUCUCCGUGCUGGAAGGGUCCCUCCGACUUGGAAGUGCUUGAGUCUUCUAAGCCAUGCCCAUAUUUUCUGUCACAGGUCAGAAGCCAACGACCUGGCCUUGAGACUAGCUCGCCAGUACACAGGACACCAGGAUGUGGUGGUAUUAGACCAGCUCCGCUCCCAGACACCUACCGGGGACCUUACCGGGAGGACCACCCCGAUCCAGCAGGGGCCUAUGCCAGUGAGGUGAAGCAUGUCAUCAGCAGUGCACAGAAGAAGGGCAGGAAGAUUGCAGCCUUCUUCGCCGAGUCUCUGCCUAGUGUGAGUGGACAGAUCAUUCCCCCUGCUGGAUACUUCUCCCAGGUGGCGGAGCACAUACGCAGAGCCGGAGGGCUCUUUGUGGCUGAUGAGAUCCAGGUUGGUUUUGGCCGAGUAGGCAAACACUUUUGGGCCUUCCAGCUGGAGGGAGAAGACUUUGUCCCCGACAUUGUCACCAUGGGCAAGUCCAUCGGCAAUGGUCAUCCUGUUGCCUGCCUGGCCACUACCCAAGCUGUGUCAAGGGCAUUUGAAGCUACCGGUGUAGAAUACUUCAACACGUUUGGUGGCAAUCCUGUGUCCUGUGCUGUGGGGCUAGCAGUCCUGGAUGUCUUGAAAACAGAACAGCUCCAGGCUCAUGCCACUAAUGUGGGCAGCUUCCUUAUGGAGCACCUCAGCCAGCAGAAAGCCAAACAUCCUAUCAUUGGAGAUGUCAGGGGCACUGGGCUCUUCAUUGGUGUGGAUCUGAUCAAGGAUGAGACUCUGAGGACACCAGCAACUGAAGAGGCAGAGUAUUUGGUCUCCAGGCUAAAGGAAAACUACAUUUUACUGAGCACUGACGGCCCUGGGAGGAAUAUCCUGAAGUUCAAGCCUCCAAUGUGCUUCAGCCUUGAUAACGCACAGCAUGUGGUUGCAAAGCUGGAUGACAUUCUAACAGACAUGGAAGAAAAAGUACGAAGUUGUGAAACACUGAGGAUCAAACACCCUCCAGGUAUGUGUGUACCAAGACUCAGGACAGCCACAAAGCUAAGCACAACCCACUGUGUCACCACCAUUCUCCCAGUGCAAUGCAAAUGUCCCACUGGCCUGGGGCCCCAAGCUGCACAAAUAAGAAAGAUGAGGCUCUUUCAUUCCAUGAAGCCAUAGCAGCACAAGCACAAAGCCUCCACCCAGGAAACCCACUCCAACCCCACUUCACACACAGCCCACCCGCCUGCCCGCCCACCCUUCAGAGCACCAAAAGGCAACCCUCAAGACAGGCACAGAAAGCUCUUUACAGGCGGGAAGUCUUCAUCCAGCUCCCACUUACCUCCACCACUGCCUCGGUUCCCUCGAUUGCGAUUUCCUCGGCCCCCAGAGCCAUACUGCUGUUGCUGGUACACCUCUUUGGGCUGGGCAACCUUGAUUUCACACUAGAAGCCAAGAGGACACACUGGGUCAAGUCCUGUGGGACAAGCUCAGGGCUGCAAUAGUGGGCAGGCGGCCACUAAGGUUUUUACUUUCUUUUUACAGAAGAUACUCAUCCUACUCAAAUAUAACAGGACACCAAGAUGACACCCACCUUACAGACAAGUGUGUGAGGCUUCACUGGAAGACAUACUGCCUGCCACUCUUAAGCAAUUAUUAUUAAGAUAGGCUUUAUUUCUAAAUCCAAACAAGACCCAGUCAGACUUUUAUGCCUGGAAACUUAGAGGGUGUACAUGCUUCUAAAGAAUGUUUUUUUUUUUUCUCGGAGCUGGGGACCGAACCCAGGGCCUUGUGCUUCCUGGGCAAGCUACCACUGAGCUAAAUCCCCAACCCCCUAAAGAAUGUUUUUAAAGACAGUCCUGACAUACUCCCACAGGUAAAAAAUGAGCUAGACAUGGCACAUGCUUUAAUCUCAUCUCACUGGAAGGUGGAAACAGGCAGGCAGAACUCUUCCAGUUUGAUUGAGACCAGCCUGGUAUUAGAGGGAGCACUGGUCCUGCCAGGGCAGCAGCAUGAUGCUCUCUCAAAAGGAGGUGGGAAGAUGAAUUUUAUCCCUCCAUCAAGCUAUGCCUUCUGUUGUAUCUGAAUUAAAGACACUGAAUAAUUUGAAUAUUUA